AUGGAUGGACGCAACGUUUUUAUCGGUCAUUUUGCAGAAGAGAAUCACUGCAGCAAACUAUUGACUGACGAAUCCAUUGUCGAAGACGUUAUCAUCAGUGCGAUGGAGCCGCAUUUCACUCUAGGAGGAACUUGGUCGGACGAGGCCGUGGCGUACAUCUUGUAUAAGCCACAAAAUGGCAACCAGGCAGUGUCUGGAUUGGAAAUGAUUAAGAGGGAAAUGGUCGAGGGUGGCUUGAAUGAGAACAACAUCCACAUUCAGUCCUACGCGGCUGUUGUAGGUGCGAUGGCGGACACUUCUGGACCCAAGGGCAAGAUCCUGGUGGACUGGACUAAGAACCAGGGAGGAGGAAACCACUUGGCAUACUACAUGCAAAAUGACAAGCCUGUAUUUGAACGGGACUUUGAUAAGCAAGGAAAUCCCUGUGAGGAAGAUGCUGACUGCUGA